UCGGAUCGUGACUUUGAAAGUGUGUGUGUGUGAGGGUUGAGCCACCCGAAAGGGAAAAUCUUGGCCGCGCAACCCCACGAGAAAAUUCACAACCCCGUUGGUUUGGGACGAUCAGUUCGGAUUUGUCUGUCGAAGGAUUCGGGUGUCGUCGCGACGUUUUCCAGGCCGUUUUGUCGUGCGGGGUUUGAUUUGCAGAUAUCGUUGGCAGGGAAGUUACAGUUCGGGAAGCCGGAGCCAGAAGAGAGUUCAAAAUGCGGACAUUCCAAUUAACAUGGACGAUAGUGAUACUGUUCACGAUAGACACAGUUCGGUCUUUAGAUCUUCCUGAAUACCUGCACGUGUGCCACCGCGAAGAUCCCAAGCUGACCGAGUGUAUGAAGCAGUCGAUCGAGACGUUACGGCCGUACCUGGCGCGCGGUAUCCCCGAGCUGGACAUCCCCGCCAUCGAGCCCAUCAACCUGGGCGAUCUGAUCGUGGCCGAAAGCGUCCCCGGACAGGGCAUCAGCAUCACCGCCAAGGACAUCAAAGCUUACGGGCCGUCCAACUUCCGGCUGAAGAAAUUAAAUGUUGUGGAGUACGGUAAGGUAUACAGCUUUGAGCUGGAGCUUCCCCAUUUGUACGUCGAAGGUCGGUACGUGGUGGACGGUCGCAUUCUGCUGCUUCCCGUGAAGGGCGCUGGCAAGUUCACCGGCAACUUCACACAAGGAUUUGGAAAUGUCCGCAUCAAGGGCGACCGAAAGGUUAUCAACGGAAAGAACCAUCUGUCGUUGGCCAAGCUGGACAUCAAAAUCAAAGUCGGAGACGGAAAGAUCAAGCUGGAGAACCUGUUCGGCGGCGAUCGAGUGUUGGGUGAAAUCAUCAACCAAACCAUCAACCAGAACUUCUCGCUGCUAAGCCACGAGCUGAUUCCGCUGAUCGAAAAGGCCCUCCAGAGGAUAUUCAAACAGACGGGCAAUAAAAUUUUGGAACGAUUCCCAGAGGAAGUGCUAUUUCCCUGAGGGGGAGAUCGCGCUUACCGGCACUGUUGAUGGAUCAAAAAGAGAA